GUAGUGGACGCGCGAUCUCCAGGUGCUACGUACGGUCCGUCGGUUCGUCAUCGGGUCGUAGUGAUCGCAGCGCGAUUCGCCCAUACAAGUGGACACGUAAAAUGGCGAAGCACGGUUGUUAUUUACUCGCGCCGAACUCUGCGAAGUGAGAGAGCGGAGAGGUGCAAAGUGAGGUGCUCAGCAACGCGUCACUUACGCGAAAUCGCUAUAACUUGCCAGUGAAACGGCGCGUACGAACGAUCGUUGUACCGCACAAAUACUAGCAGAUACUCCUACAGAGAUGAUAUUGAUGGAUUGGUCUAAUUCACUGCACUAACGGCAAUUCAUUUUUGAUCUUUGUUAAUUGAGGAAAGAUCACAUUUGCCAGCAUCUAAGUUUUAAAUAAUAUGGCACAAUAUUUUAAUGUUGUGCCCAAUGCCAGUGGUACUUUCACAUUAGAGGAAGUACCAAGAAUUUGUACGACAGACGGGCAACGAAUUCAGUUAGUUGUUGGGGACGUUAAUAAUAGCAGUAAUGGUUCACAACGGCUUGUGACUUAUACUGCUGCACCACAAAAUAGACAGGCAAUAUUCUCCCCGCAAACUAUUAAUUUAGGGAAUCAAAUACAAGCAGCGCGAUUGGAACAAGGGCAAAAUGUUUUUAUAAUCAAAACGAAUGAUCUAGCUGUUCCCCCGGAAAUAUUAAAACCUAAUACUGUGAAUGCACAUAUUAAUGAAAAUAGCAUUGUGAGCAUUGGGAGUAAUACAGGUAUUAAAACAGAAUGUAAAACUGAAGGGCAACAAAUACAAUUUAUGAAAAUACAAAACGUUAAUACUACUAUAGCGACAAAGCAGAAUACGUUACAAGAAAAAAAUCAGACUGCCGUUUUAACUAGAAAUAAUAUACAAAAUAAUAUCACAUCACCGGCACCUGUUUAUGUAAAUUCCGGAUCAUUUAAUUCAGGUCAAAUAGAAAAGAAAGUAACUAAAUCUUUUCAAAAUAAAAAUCGACAGUUGACGAACAGCGUAGUGGGCGUAGUGCCUCAAGUUCUAGAUGGAAACGUAAUAACUACGAUAGAAAACAGGAUUCAAAAUUCUAAUGUGACAGGUCCGAAACCUAUGUUAUCUGUCUGCAAUAAAACUAUCCAUUCGCCAAGACCGAAUGUAAUAGUAAGACCUGUUCGUGCACCUAAUAUGUCGCAAGUGCGACCUAUAGCAGUAGUUCCUCCUGAAAUGUCUAAAACAUCAACAAGAGUGCAACCUCCUGAUAUGGAGCACUUAAGUGAACAAAUUAAGCAAGCGAAAUUUAAACAGUUACAAAAACAACAUAUCGAGAAACAAAGGUUUCAACAAAAUAAUACACAACGACAACUCCCAAACAGUUUGCAACAUGUUCAAUCUUCAUUGAAUAAACCCACACCCCGUUUCAUAAAUUCUGUGCAGCAAAGAACGCAACAAAUUUCAAUUUCUUCACAACAAACACAGAAGCCAUCUAUGGCAAAUCCAUCACUCCCUUCAUCAGUUGAACAUAAUACACAUCGUACUAGUAUCGAUAUGGAAGUCGAUCCUCCGGAACGUAUUCGAGAGAAAGGACAUGUAACGCAACAGUCUUCGCCACGGUUAGAACCUGAGAACAGUUCAAGCGAAAGUAUUGCUUAUCUUCAAAAGACUAUUAGUGAUCCAGCAAAUGCCAUAGUUCAACAUCAAAUUCAAGGAAAUACAGCAAAAAUGUUAGUGAUGCUAGCUACCGGAGAACAAAGAUUAAUUACGUUCGACAUACCGAACGAGGACUGCACUGUACACGACCUAUUGGAUCAGGUACGUGCAGUCUUGGGCAAGGUGAAUAUUGCAUUCUCCGGUGAAACGCAAGUCUCCUUGGUAGAUGAUCCCGCAUUGGGUAUAAACUACAUAGUGGAUGCAGGUUCCGGAAUGCUUGCAUCAUCCUGUGAGGGUAAUGAUGGUGACAGUAAUUCUACUCAGGAAAUUGUGAGCUCCACUACCAACACUGAAAAUUUAUCUCAAAAUACCAAUGCAUCGGACGAAAAUAGUAAUACUUCUUCAAAAAAUACUGAGGAACCUAUUUUGGUCAAAGGAAUGCUUGCUCUCUGCCCACACUGCGGCUACAGUUCACUACACUUCAACCGAUGUGAACGAUGUAAUACAAAAUUAAAAUCUGAAGAAGUCAAAUCCAUACCUGUGCUAGAAAGGAAGGGGACUGGAAUGUCUGUUGAUAUGUUCUAUAAGAAGAAUAACGAAAGAAACGUUACGAAAUUGGAGAAAAUAGAACGGGAUGGUUCUGCUAAACGACCCAGAGGAAAGGGUAAAGGUGCAGCUUCAAAACCAAAGCCUAUUCAUAAAGAGCCAGAAUGUUUGACAAUAUCGUCUGAUGAAGAAGAAGAGGGUAGAAAAAAGAUGGCAAGCAGUAAUAGUAAUACUGUACUAGGCAACACAAGUAAUGCUUUUGACGAAGAAAUGGAUACCAUUCUGGAUAAAGAACCAAUAAUCACAAAUGCUACUGUUCCUAGUUUAUACGAUGAUUUGGAUGAAGAAAAUAGUAAAGAUAUUGGACAAUUACCACAAACUGCUAUAGAGUGUCGGACGGUCAGAAUAGGUUCUUACAAAUAUAUUCCUCGGGAAAACGUAGUGAUUUCCCGUAGUGGUGUAAGAUUUAGUGUACCUCUAUUAGAAGAUAAUACAAGUUUUGUUACUUUAGAUGUGAAAUAUAGGGAUAUAAUUAAGCUUUUAAUUCAUUUCGGUAAAACGAUGCCGGUAUUAUUCUUUUAUACAUCUACAAGUACCGGAGCCAUGAUACGUGAAUUAUUAGGUAUGCAAGACCCAAAGGGCCCGUAUUACGAUCCUGCUGGAAAAGAUCAUACGCAUAAACGUAUCACGUUAUUGCCAGACAAGUUACCGGAUGAUUCAAAGGCGAUACUAACAAGUUUAUUUUCACGUGGAGAUAAAAUAGGCGAAUUAAAUCCUAAAGAAGCUAACGAUAUACUUAUACGAGCAUCACCUAGGGAUUGUCUACAAUCGCUCAUUACACGAAGAUCGACUCAAAAUGUAACAACUAAUGUUGGUAGCAACGAUGACAUACAAACAAUAACUGUAUAUCCACCACCUCCCGCAAAAGGAGGAAUAGCUAUCAACACCGAAGAUUACUUGUGUCUUGCAGAAGAUCAAUUUUUAAACGAUGUGAUUAUAGACUUUUAUUUAAAAUAUUUGACCUUAGAGGUAUUAUCAGAAUCUGAUCAACAUAGAACUCAUGUGUUCAGCUCGUAUUUUUACAAACGUUUAACUAGCCCACAUGCCCAAGCUGCCGAAAGUACCGUGCCAAUGACAGCCGCCGCCAAGCGGCACGCAAGAGUACAGAAGUGGACGAAGAACGUUAAUAUAUUUGAAAAAGAUUUUGUUAUAAUUCCUAUAAACGAACACGCACAUUGGUUCUUGGCUAUUAUCUGUUUUCCCGGAUUAGUUGGGAAAGUUUCCACAUGUGUUGCGAAAACUAAUGAAAACGAUGUUCAGAGGAAAAAGAGCAAAAAAAUAAAAGAGUUGAAGGCGAAAGCUGUCACAAUUGGCUCUACAACAAUUACCCCUGUACAUACGACUAUAACGCUAGAUCAGUUAGAUGAUGGAUCUGAAAGGGAUGAGGCAGAAGGCGAUGACGAUGAGAUGGAAAUUGAGAGCGAUGAAGAGGAUGAGACUGAAACUUCUCGACCAGAAGAAAAUAAAAUCGAAGAACAGAAAGAAACUGUCAAACUUCCUUGCAUAUUAAUAUUCGAUUCGCUUGCUGGCGCUAGUAGAGCACGAGUAGUUGCUACGUUAAGAGAUUAUUUAAGCUGCGAACAUGUUGCCAAACUUGGUGUAGAAAAGACAUUUUCGAAGGAUACAAUUAAGGGUGCGUGUCCGAAAGUGCCCCAGCAAUCUAAUUUUACUGAUUGUGGAUUAUAUGUAUUGCAGUAUGUAGAAAGCUUUUUCAAAGAUCCAAUCAAAGACUACACUUUACCAAUUAAGACUUUGAAAACAUGGUUUGAAGAAAUUAUCGUAACGAGAAAAAGGGAGGAGUUAUCGAACUUGCUAAUUAAAUUAAUGAAUGAUACUAAGGGGGAUAGAACUAUUAAUCUGCCUACUGUAAAUUUUCCCACGCAAGAUGGCAAGUUGAAACCGAAAGUCGAAAAUCAGACAGACGCAAAGGCUACGAAGUCAGAAUCUGAGAAUAAAAGAAAGUCGAGUGAUGCAGAGACACGAAUUGUAUCAUUUGUAACAGAAAACACUGAAUCAACUAACGAAAUUGUUAGUAGAACUUAUCAGAUCAUUCCUUUUUCUUUGAGUUCGAAUUCGAGUAAUGAGAGUAAUCCAACAGAAAUAUUAACGGAACAGAAAAAUACGAGAUCAUCGACCGAAACAAUGUCCUACUUAAAAGCUAAACGAAUUCCUAGGCUAGUAUCAAGAACACAGAAUCAAGAUGACUCUCAUACCACUGCAAAGAAGCACAAAGGAGAGUCCUUUAAUUCUUGUAAAUAAAUGUUUCUUUUUUUACAGUGAUAAGAUUAAUGUUAACCUACAUUUUCGAAAUACAUGAAAUCAUUUAUUUCAAUCUAUAUAAAACAUGUAGUUAAUUCUGAAAUGAAUAAAACUGCAGAUAUGAUUUCUGAUUG